AGUGUUCAAUUUUCAGUUGAACUCUGAGCCACUUUAUCCGCAACUACCCUCGUCGCAUUCUCCCUCUCUCGCUCACUGUUCUCUGCUAAUUCUCUCCCCAGACGGACUGAGAGAGACACCAGAGGCCAUGGAAAGGCUUCUAUACUCAUCUUCUCCAACCCCUUUUAAGCUUCGCCCGAAAAACUCUCCCUUUGUCCAUCAUCGGCUCUGCGGAUUUGAUUCGGCCAAACUCGGUUUUCUCCGCCCAACUCGCCCCGAGUCUAAACGGUUCGGCUCAUUCUCUUGCAAAAGGAAAAACCCAUCUUCCUCCUCCUCUUCUUGCUCGUCGUCUGCAUCGAGUAAUUCACUAGCUCUACCUUCUUCCCUGGUCGGCUCGCCAGCUGGGUCGUUGCCCAAAUCCCAUUUUCUCAAACGGGUCUCAGUCGGGACUUCUGAUCAACAAAAGGUAAUCAAUGUGGGGAAAUGUAUGGUACUCUCUGCUCUCAUUAUGACCUUACUUCAACCAGUUUUUGCACCGGCGGCUUUUGCAACAUUUCAAAGUGCAGCUAAGGCAGGGGGUCCUGCUGCUGCUGCUGCAGUUGGGGGAAGGCUUAUUCAGACUGAAUUACUUAGUAGUGCUUGGACUGGUUUCUUUGCUGGUUGCUUACACACACUAUCAGGACCUGACCACCUUGCUGCUUUAGCUCCACUCUCAAUCGGUCGUAGCCGCAUGGAAAGUGCUGUUGUUGGAGCACUUUGGGGGUGUGGCCAUGAUGCUGGUCAGGUUAUUUUUGGCUUACUGUUUCUGCUGUUAAAAGACCGGCUCCACAUUGAAGUAAUCCGAACAUGGGGCACCAGAGUAGUGGGGGUUACCCUUCUUGCUAUUGGUGCUAUGGGCAUAAGGGAAGCUUCAGAAAUCCCCACCCCAUGUGUUGCCUUGGAAAAUGGUGAGUGUGAUGUUAGCAUUUACGAAUCACUCGAAAACCCAGCAGUUGGGAAGAAGAAAAUUGGUUUUGCCACUUUUGCCACUGGGAUAGUCCACGGGCUUCAACCAGAUGCAUUGAUGAUGGUCUUGCCAGCACUUGCCUUGCCUUCUCGCACAGCUGGCGCUGCAUUUCUUAUUAUGUUCUUGCUUGGGACUGUGGUUGCAAUGGGAAGCUAUACGGUGUUUAUAGGCUCAUGUAGCCAGGCAUUAAAGGAUAGGGUACCAAGAAUAACUGAGAAACUUACAUGGGCUUCUUCCUUUGUAGCAAUUGCUCUUGGAUUUGCCAUCAUCAUUAGCCAGUUUUUUGGGUAUAGCCUAUAUUAAUACCUCCUCCCAACUUUCGAGAUCAACAUUUUGUAGGCGUCCUUGUUAGUCUUAGAAAAAGAGUUCAGAAGGAUCAUCCAAUUUAUUUACCGCAAAAGUUAAAGCAUCUUGUCUUGAUAAGAAUCAUCAUCCUCUUUAAUCUGUCUCCUUUGGCUUGUGAAAGUUGUAAUUUUUAAGUACAAACGAACCUAGUGAAUUUUAUUUUUUUA